AUGGGUUGCCGGGUCUUGACCGUCGGCGACGGCGACCUCUCGUACUCGCGCUGCUUACUCGACCCAGAGAACUGGCGCGACCUGAGCAUUGACGCACCCACGAUAGAUCUCACGGCGUCGACCUUUGACUCGCUCUUGGCGCUCGAGGACAAGUAUGCCAUGGCGCGCAGCAACAUUGAGGCCCUAAGCGCCGGCUCCGCCGCCGUGACGGCGACCGUGCUGCACGACAUCGACGCGACGAACCUCGCGGCCUUCGAGAACGACGAGGCCGACCACUUUGACCGCAUUGUCUUCAACCAUCCGCACUCGGGCGUUGAAGACGUUCACCGGCACCGGCGGCUGCUCUCGCAUUUCUUCCACGCGGCGCUGCGCGUGCUCCGACCCGGCGGCAAGGUUUUUGUGACGUUGGCGCGCGACCAGCCCAAGCGCUGGGAGAUCCUCAAGCGCGCGGACGCCCUCGACCUUGUCUGCUGCAAGCACGAGUUGUGGACCGAGCCGAGAGGCUACCAGCGCAAGCGGCACCAAAGCGACAAGAGCUUUCAUCGCAUCCUCUUGCACGGCGAGAAGCUCGAACAGCAAAGCACGAUCUUUGGCUUUGGCCGGCGCCGCGACGGCACGGCGCCACUUGCCCAUUCGCCUGUGCCGAGCGCGCUGCCACAGAGUAACGGCAUGGCCUGCGACGAUCCGGCAUGUGGCGGCAAGCGCUUUGCGACCGCCCAGGGUCUGAAGACACAUUUGCGCAUGGUGCACGAGCUUGGCAUCAAGAAGCGCAAGCGCGGGAAGGACGCCGACGACGACGUGUGCUGCGCGCACUGCAAUGGUCGGCAGUUCCAGGACGCCGAGGCGCUCCAGCAGCACAUGCUCGCCAAGCACGGAAAGGACAGUCGCAUUCGCCCCGAUUGGUACGGCCACGCGCCGCCGACGACCGAAGAGAAAGAAGAGCCGUCGGCGCAGUGUCCAAUUUGCAUGGAGUUGUUUCCGAGUGCGACCGCGCUAAGUGCGCACCUGUCGACGCUGCAGCCGGUUGCGGCAGCCAAGUGGACGUGUACAUCGUGCGAAAAGACAUUUGAGGAACAGCGCGCGCUGCGACAGCACCAAAACUUUUGCACAAACGACACAUAA